CCUGGAAAACAUCAUCAUCAUUCGCGGACAACUGGGAAACCACAUGCAAGUACCAUCACCAAGACAAUCCAUGCACACACGACAGCACCAACCACAACAAAGAAACUGUCAGCACUCGCCCGGUGCAAACAGAUCCAAGCUGACCCAUCACUUGCUGCCGAGAUUUUGCUCCGUGAACGACUCAUUUUCCCAGUUGAAGAUACAUCGGGUCGGCAUCCUUUGACUCAGGAAGAAGUAGUUCAGUCCAAUAUUGCCUUUGCAUGCGUUCCACGUCUCGAUGAAGCUGAAUGUGAACGAUCACUGUGCUAUAAUUUGUACUAUCGAACCAUGGAUGGUACUUGUAACAAUUUAGCUCGGCCUUUGCGAGGAGCUGCUUUUCGUCCUUAUAACAGAUUGUUACCACCGGAUUACGAUAAUGGCUUGUCGGAGCCUGUUGGUUCCGUGCGGCCCCGUCCGAACGCUCGUGAGGUAAGCCGCACACUGCUCUCAUCGCGAAAAACGGUGCUACAUCCGGAAUACAACGCGCUGCUGAUGCAGUGGGGACAGUAUUUGAUCCAUGAAAUGGCCAAGACAACCCUCGUUCCGUCAGCCAAGUGUAACGUAUGCCAAAACAUUCAGGGUCGUUGUAUGGCAGUACCCAUACAACCAAGGGAUUCAAACAGGAAGUUCGUUGAUCAGUCGGAUAGAUUUUUUUUUUUAAACAUAAAAAUCUUAUUUUUUGAUUUGCACAAGGUACGGGACGGUCGUACGGGAUUCCUGAAAACUCCGACUUUCAACGGCCUUCGUUUGUUGCCCUUCGAUACUAGUAAAUGUCGCAGUGCUGCAACUUGCUCUGCAAUUUUUGUUGCCGGUGAUAGCCGUGUGAAUCUGUUUAUGGGUCUCAGUUCGUUUCAUAUAAUCUUGGCACGAGAGCACAAUCGAUUGGUGACUCGAUUACAGAAAAUGAAUUCGCACUGGAACGGCGAUCGGCUGUUCAUGGAGGCAAGAAAAAUUGUUGGCGCUGAGAUUCAAGCAAUCACAUUUAGGUAUACUUUCUACGCAUGUUCAAUAAGUUGCUUUUACGCACCAAAUUUGUUGGUAUGAUU